AAAGUGGUUGGGAGGGGUUGGCGUGCGAUUAUUUCCAGCGAGCUUCGUAGUAGGGCCGUUGACGGCCUGGUGGCUGUGGGCGGGCGGGUGGUGUCGGCGACCAGAAGGCGUUAACGUGGCCACCGUCCAACAUGUGUCAUCGAGUGUGACUACCUCCGGACAACACCUGCGCGCUGGGGCAGUGGAUCCGCAUCCGGUGUUUCGGAAGUUUGGAAAAGAAGGUCGUGCUUUUUGGUUGAAGUGGUAGAAGAGGCAAACCCAGGCCACCGUGCCAUCAGUUGAUGGAAAAUCGCUUGGGAAGUUGCAGUGGCUGUGAGUUUGUUUGAAGACGCUGUUUAUUCUCUCACCCUGCUGCACGUGCAGCAGGCGCGAAACUAGAAAUGUCUACACGAGAAACGUUGGUGCAUCUUUUUGCUGGAGGCAUGGGCGGCACAAUGGGUGCCAUUGCCACCUGCCCGCUGGAAGUGGUCAAGACCCGGCUGCAGUCCUCGCAGAGUGGCUUCGACCUCCACGUGCCGUCGAUCGCGUCGGAGGCGUACGGCCGGGGCGCGGUGACGUGCCAGAGCGUGCAGCGGAGUCAGCGCUCGCACUUCUCCACGGCGGCGGUGCGGCCGUCGCGCGACGCCCACUUCAUCGUCAGCCCACCGUUCGAGCGGUCCGGCCGGUCGGCCGGACUGCUGCGCUGCAUCAGGAUUAUCGUGGAAAAAGAGGGUCCCUAUGCACUCUUCAAGGGACUGGGUCCAAACCUGGUUGGAGUCGCUCCUUCUAGAGCCAUCUAUUUCUGCGCCUACCAAAACUCCAAGAAGUUCCUGAACCGUCGCCUCACUCCCGAGUCUCCCGUCGUGCACAUGACUUCGGCGAUGUGUGCAGGGUUCACCUCCUGCACGCUCACCAACCCGAUCUGGUUCAUCAAGACGCGCCUGCAGCUGGACCAGCAGCAGUUCGGCAAGCGGCUGCGCCUCUCCGACUGCAUCUACCGGGUCUACUCGCAGCAGGGCAUCCGCGGCUUCUACCGCGGCAUCACGGCCUCGUACUUCGGCAUCACUGAGACCAUGAUCCACUUCGUCAUCUACGAGCGGCUGAAGCGGCAGCUGCAGAUGUACCGCACGGCCGAUCCCUCCGUGAAGACCAGCUGGGACUUCGUGGAGUUCAUGCUGGCCGGCGCGGCCUCCAAGACCAUCGCCUCCAGCGUCGCCUACCCCCACGAGGUGGCGCGCACCCGGCUGCGCGAGGAGGGCACCAAGUACCGCGGCUUCUUCCAGACGCUGUACGUGGUGUGGUGCGAGGAAGGCCACCGCGGCCUGUACCGCGGCCUCGGCACCCAGCUCGUCCGCCAGAUCCCCAACACGGCCAUCAUGAUGUCCACCUACGAGGCGGUGGUGUACCUGCUCAGGGACGCGUCCGGCGGCGAGGACGGCCUGUACCAGGAGGACGCGGAGGCGGCUUUCGGGGACGACGUGUCGCAGCCGAGCGCCCAGAGGAGCGGCACGUAGCGGCCCCCGGCGCCGGCGCUGCGCCGCGCGCCAGCCGCCUGCGCGUGUCGCCUGUCCGCCGGCGCACUGUGAUAGUGGCCGCCUGUGAUAGCGCUCUGUGGGGGUGACGGCGCCCGGGGCGGCCGUAGUCCAGCGACGCUGGCGCCCCGUCACGCGCGCCGCCGGCGCCGGGCCCUCCGCAGACCUGCGCGGUCAGCUGUCUGUUCAACGAUGUCGGGUUGUUGGCUGUUUUGGGAGCGGCGGCGAGCGGCGCCCUGGGAGUACACGGUGCCCCGCCGCCGCCGGUGGUGACAUCUGGCCGUCGCCGGGGCGACAUGUUUAGCUGCCGCCGCCACUAGGGGAUGUGCGGCGCUAGUUGUUGGUGUUGUAGUGACCACCCCGCUUUACGAUGCGCUUACUUGUACCGAAUUUUGUAUCGAAAUGAAUUUUCGAGAGCAAUAGCGAAUGAGUGUUGUUUGUUCGUUGGUUUUAGAACCCUAAACGUGGACAGGAACGCACGCGAACGCGGAGAUUUGCUAGGCGAUACCAUGAGAGAAAAGACAGCUACCUUCUGGUAUGCAGGCGCGGAAAAAGGCGAACACGUUGACAAAUCUGCAAAAAGAGAUUUGCAGGCGCCACACGAAC